CAGGACAGACAGACAGACCUGGGCGGUGGGAGAUGGAAUGCCUCCAAGGCAUCUGGGCCCUGUGCUCAUCCUCACCACAGCGUCCGAAGGUGUCACCCCCCGUUUCCAGUGACUGUCCAGCGCUGCUUGCAUACCUCCAGGGACAGUGAGCUCACUACCAUACAGAACACCAAGAGCCAGCCCAGAGGGGGACACAGCCAGGACCAGCUCUGCCGACCGUGAGAUGACAGCGCCUCCGCGGCAAGUAGCAUGGAGGUGACGGACCGCAUCGCCUCCCUGGAGCAGCGGGUCCAGAUGCAAGAGGACGACAUCCAGCUGCUGAAGUCGGCCCUGGCCGACGUGGUGCGGCGGCUGAACAUCACGGAGGAGCAGCAGGCCGUGCUCAGCAGGAAAGGACCUACCAAAGCAAGACCCCUGGUGCAGACCUUGCCUUUAAGAACCACCGUCAACAACGGCACCGUGUUACCAAAGAAACCUAGUGGCUCUCUGCCGUCCCCCUCCGGGACCAGGAAAGAAACUGCUAUGCCGGCAAUAACCAAAAGCACCAUCAAGAGGACCAGCUCUUCGGAACGCGUGUCCCCUGGCGGCCGAAGGGAAAGCUACGGGGACUCCAAAGGCAACCGGAACCGCACGGGGUCCACCAGCAGCUCUUCGAGCGGCAAAAAGAACAGCGAAAGCAAACCCAAGGAGCCCGUCUUCAGCGCGGAAGAGGGCUACGUGAAGAUGUUCCUCCGCGGCCGCCCGGUCACCAUGUACAUGCCCAGGGACCAGGUGGAGUCCUACAACUUGGAAGCCAAAGUGGACCUUCCAACCAAGAGGCUCAAGCUGGAGUGGGUCUACGGGUACAGGGGCCGGGACUGUCGGAACAACCUGUACCUGCUCCCGACGGGCGAGACGGUGUACUUCAUCGCGUCCGUGGUGGUGCUGUACAACGUGGAGGAGCAGCUCCAGAGGCAUUACGCCGGCCACAAUGACGACGUGAAGUGCCUAGCAGUUCAUCCGGAUAAGAUUACAAUAGCAACAGGACAAGUCGCGGGCACUUCCAAGGAUGGGAAACAAUUGCCCCCACACGUGCGCAUCUGGGACUCUGUGACACUGAACACCCUGCACGUCAUUGGGGCCGGGUUUUUUGACCGAGCGGUCACCUGCAUCGCGUUCUCUAAAUCUAAUGGAGGGAGCAACCUGUGUGCUGUGGACGAUUCCAACGACCACGUGCUGUCGGUGUGGGACUGGCAGCGGGAGGAGCGGCUGGCGGACGUCAAGUGCUCUAAUGAAGCUGUGUUUGCCGUGGACUUCCACCCCACGGACACCAACAUCAUCGUCACCUGCGGAAAAUCACACCUCUACUUUUGGACGCUAGAAGGAAACUGCCUCAUUAAGAAGCAAGGAUUAUUCGAGAAGCAAGAGAAGCCAAAGUUUGUCCUCUGUGUGACUUUUUCUGAAAACGGCGACACCAUUACCGGAGACUCAAGUGGCAACAUCCUGGUCUGGGGAAAAGGUACGAAUCGAAUAAGCUAUGCCAUUCAAGGGGCCCACGAGGGUGGUAUUUUUGCACUUUGUAUGUUAAGGGACGGCACCCUGGUGUCGGGAGGCGGGAAGGACCGGAAGCUCAUUUCUUGGAAUGGAAACUAUCAGAAACUUCAUAAAACUGAGAUUCCAGAACAGUUUGGUCCGAUACGGACGGUGGCCGAGGGGAAAGGCGAUGUGAUCUUGAUAGGCACCACCAGGAACUUUGUCCUGCAGGGCACGCUGUCAGGGGACUUCUCGGCCAUCACUCAGGGUCACACUGACGAGCUCUGGGGACUGGCCAUCCACGCCUCAAAGCCCCAGUUCCUGACCUGUGGGCACGACAGACAUGCCACUCUCUGGGACGCCGUCGGUCACCGGCCCGUCUGGGACAAGAUAAUAGAGGAUCCAGCUCAGUCUUCUGGUUUUCAUCCUUCAGGGUCUGUGGUUGCAGUUGGAACACUGACCGGGAGGUGGUUUGUGUUUGACACAGAAACAAAAGACUUGGUCACCGUGCACACGGAUGGGAACGAGCAGCUGUCCGUCAUGCGGUACUCACCAGACGGGAAUUUCUUAGCAAUAGGCUCCCAUGACAACUGUAUCUAUAUCUACGGAGUCAGUGACAAUGGGCGGAAGUACACGCGAGUCGGCAAAUGCUCGGGUCAUUCCAGCUUCAUUACACACCUGGACUGGUCUGUAAACUCACAGUUCCUCGUGUCAAAUUCUGGAGACUACGAAAUUCUUUACUGGGUUCCCUCCGCAUGCAAGCAAGUCGUCAGUGUGGAAACUACAAGAGACAUCGAGUGGGCUACAUACACCUGCACUUUGGGAUUCCAUGUCUUUGGAGUGUGGCCCGAAGGCUCGGACGGGACCGACAUCAAUGCCGUCUGUCGGGCCCACGAGAAGAAAGUCCUGUCGACGGGCGAUGACUUCGGCAAAGUGCACCUCUUCUCUUACCCUUGUUCGCAGUUCAGGGCCCCCAGCCACGUGUACAGUGGGCACAGCAGUCACGUCACCAACGUUGACUUCCUCUGUGAUGACAGCCACCUCAUCUCCACGGGCGGCAAAGACACCAGCAUCAUGCAGUGGCGGGUCAUUUAGUGCCGGCGGGGACCCGGGAGCAGUGCAGGCCCCGAGGCACAGACUCGGUUACUCGGUCACUGUGAUUUCUGUUUUGUUUGAAAAGUUCUCACAAACCUCAGGAAAACCACUCCCUGUACCGGUUACCUUAGCGUAGUGGAUCAGUGAGCGCCACGUCGGAUCAGCAGUUCAGGUUUCUCUGUUGUACAAUAUAUAAAACACAUGUAAUGUAAAAAAAAAAAAAGCCAAGGUUUACAGCACGGCGACAUCAACAGGUUAACUGGUAUAUCCUUCCUACCUUUUCUAUGAACUCUUCGAAACGGUCACAGAAUGCCUUCAGAUACUGUACGCAGGCUUGACUCGCUCACCAUGGAGCCUGCGAGGCCGGUGUUUAUGAGAAUGAGGUACUGAAUCACGAUCACUGUUGCUUAAUUGGUCCUAAAGGGACACACGGAUUGAGUAGAGGGAAGAACCGACUGCACAGCUGAGUCAGGAAAUGCAGCUAUGACUUCCUUUGGUUCCAUUGUCUACGGUUCCAUUCAGUUCUCCCUCUGGGAGGCGGGUGGGAAGGGGGUUGAUUAACGGUUCAGCCGGGGAUACAGGCAUUUCAGAGUUGCAGCUAGACUGCCGGCCGAGCCCAAUGCAGUCAGCCCUGACACCCCCGUGAAUGGCGCCCCCGGUGGUCCCCGUCCACCUGCCCCGUCAGUGGAGACAUUUGGUCACCUUCCUCUGUAUAUUAAUUGGCAUGAUAUGGUAUUGUACUUGUAUAGGAUUUUAGGGAUUCAAAAUAAAUACGUAAGGCUAGGCUUUACUAUUUUAUGCUUAUGGACAUUGUAUAUUUGUAUUUUAAGACCAAGUAGACCAAGUCAAAAAGAUACCACAAACCUGCAGCAGGGAGUCUGGGAGGCUCCGCCAGGUACGCAAGGCAGCUUCUUUCCUGUCUUCUGUGCCUGGCCGGCUCGCUUGGCGAUGAAAUGAGAUUGCGUUCUGAUGAGUAAAACGUAGGCGGCAUCCAUUUGUCAAGAAGGCCUUAUCCAUUUCGAUUGUGAGGUAGACUGAAAUGUAUUGUUUACAUUGAGGAAUGUAUCUCAGAUUUUAAAAUAGAAGAGUAAUAAGCAGACUUUAAAAACAAAUAUUAAGGUUUUUACUUGUUCUAGGCAAGUAAAUGUUGAGCUGUCUGGACUCAGCCCUGGCUGUCCUGCCAGCCGAUUUGGUCACGACACUGCGAAGCGUUGUGAUGACAGACAGCUCCCGGCUGCUGCGGACAGGGCACCAGUGAACAUGUGUUAAAGGUGAAUCUGUUUGUAUGUAUCCUUAUCAAAUAUAUUCUGUAAUGAAAUAAAAUCUGAAAAGUGGAUUUCUUAUUGACCUAUAAUCAUGAAAGUAUAUAAAUUAAAAUAUUUAAAAUUA